AUGUCACCUAAGUUAAAGGCCACAGACAAGAAAAUUAACAAAUCAAUAACCUCUCCUAACAAAUCUUGCGUGGAAGAGAAAAUACCUGAGGAGCAGGUAUCUGCACUGAUUAUACCUAAGAUUGAAGAAUUAAAUGUACGAUUGGAUACCAUCAUGGGGGAAAUAAGAGCCCAAAAUGAGAGAAUAAAUUAUUUGGAACAAAGGAUCUCAGACUUUGAGGAGAGUCAAAAUGUACUGAGUGCAAAGCUGGAAGCUGUACUCUCACAAAAUAAAAUUCUUACAAACAAAAUGGAAGAUACUGAAAAUAGAGCAAGGCGUAAUAACCUGCGAAUAAUUGGGUUGCCUGAAACGGUGAAAUCUCAGGAUCUAAAGAAGUUUGUGGAGGAAACUCUCCCAAACCUUAUGGAGAUUCAACAACAAAAGUCAUUGUUUACUGUGGAAAGAGUGCAUAGAUUAGGCAGAGAACAAGAGGGGAUGGAUCAAGAAAUUGAAGAAUGUAUUACAAGUGUAUUGAAUAAGAAUAUUCGCAACAGGGACAGAAGGGAACGUCUCAGGCAAUUAGCAUUAGAGACUAUUGACAUUAACAAGGAUCCCUAUUUUAUGAAGAAUCACUUGGGCUCUUAUGAGUGCAAACUAUGUCUCACUUUACAUAAUAAUGAGGGAAGUUACUUGGCGCACACACAAGGGAAAAAACACCAGACCACCUUGGCUCGCCAAGCAGCAAAGGAGGCGAAGGAAGCUCCAGCACAGCCAGCUCCUGAGAAGGUGAAGGUUGAAGUAAAAAGGUUUGUAAAGAUUGGUCGACCUGGUUACAAAGUAACAAAGCAGAGGGAUUCUGAGUCAGGGCAGCAAUCUUUAUUGUUCCAGAUUGACUAUCCAGAGAUUGCAGAAAAUGUCCUUCCCAGGCACCGCUUUAUGUCUGCAUACGAACAGAGGAUUGAACCCACAGACCGGCGCUGGCAGUACUUACUCAUGGCCGCAGAACCCUAUGAGACAAUUGCCUUUAAGGUUCCAAGCAGAGAAAUUGACAAAGUGGAAGGGAAGUUCUGGACACACUGGAACAAAGAAACAAAACAGUUCUUUUUGCAGUUCCACUUUAAGAUGGAGAAGCCUCCAACUGUUGUCACCACACCAGCAACCACUACUGUUGUUAAACGCCCUCAACCUCCACCUAUGAUGAAUGGGAUGCCACCUCGUCCACCAGACAAUAUGCCCCCUCCUCCAGGAGGAAUGCCUCUGUCUCCCAUUCCUCCUGGAGCAUCUGCUCCCACUGUUCCUCCUCCCCAGCUUCCACCUUCCCCUGUUGUGCCUCCACCUGGGGCACCACCUCCAGGACCACCUCCAUCAUUACCUCCUCCAGGUGUGCCACCGCCUGGAGUUCCACCACCUCCUCCCAACCCUGCAGUGCCUCCCCCUGGUGUUCCUCCCCCUGGUAUUCCUCCUCCUCGUAUGCCACCUCCUGGGGUGCCUCCUCCACCCACUCCUGGGGUGCCUCCACCACCUGCUCCAGGUGUGCCGCCUCCUCCUGCUCCUGGUGUACCUCCUCCCCCUGCUCCAGGAGUGCCCCCUCCACCAGCUCCAGGUGUGCCACCUCCAGCACCAGGGGUUAUGCCACCAGGAACUAUGCCACCAGGAACCAUGCCACCAAUGAUGAGACCUCCUUUACCCAGCGAUGGACCAACCAAUAUUCCCCCACCCCCUCCCGGCAACUGAUACUACUUGUUUCAAAUCUCUUGGAUACAUCUAUUAGUUAUGGGUUUUUUUAUAGGCUAUAUAUGGAAUCAAUAAAAUAUUUGACCAUUGAAAAAAAAAA